AGGUGGUGGAGGGAGAAGGGAAAUGACCAAAGGAGAGAGGAAGGCAGGAGAGGUAGGAAGAAGUGCCCGUGGAGUAGAGAAGAGCAGAUACAGGGCUGUGUUUCUUGCCGCUGCUCCUGGGCCUCCUGAAACCUAACCAGACAGAAGAAGCCUCCAAGUGGCCGCCUCAGAGCGCUGCCCUCCCAGCGGAGGGCACUUGGGGAAUGCAGCCGCUCCCGCCGCCUGUGCCAGGCCCUCUGGCCCUUUUGGAUACCACAGAGGGCUUUGCAAGGAGAAAGAAGAUCUCGCUGUGGUUUGUGGGUGCUCUGCUGCUGGUGUCUGCUCUCAUUCUGACCAUCGGCCUUGCUGCCACCACCAGGACAGAGAAUGUGACUGUGGGCGGCUACUACCCAGGGAUCAUCCUGGGCUUUGGAUCCUUCCUGGGAAUCGUUGGCAUCCACCUGGUGGAGAAUAGAAGACAAAUGCUGGUGGCGGCCAUUGUCUUCAUCAGUUUUGGUGUCGUGGCGGCCUUCUGCUGUGCCAUAGUCGAUGGCGUGUUUGCAGCACGGCACAUCGAACCAAGACCACUCAGCACAGGACGGUGCCAGUUUUUCUCCAGUGGGACUGGGUACCUGUAUGACGUCUAUCAAACAGAGGUCACCUGCUACUCCCUGAGCGGAAGGUGCCAGCUGAGAGUGAGGAGCAACACCUGCUAUUGCUGUGACCUCUAUGCUUGUGGGAGCGCAGAGUCUUCUCCUGCCUACUAUGAAUUUGUGGGUGUGCGCAGCUGCCAGGAUGUGAUCCACCUGUACCGGCUGCUCUGGGUGUCCACGGUGCUAAAUGUUCUGGGCCUGUGCCUUGGCAUUAUCACAGCCGCAGUCCUAGGGGCCUUCAAGGACAUGGUCCCUCUGUCUCAGAUGGCCUAUGGCCCAUCUCCACCACCUCAGAUCCUCUACAACCCUGCCCAGCAGAUCCUGGCCUACACCGGCUUGUGCCCUCCAUCUAUGACUGUGCCAACCUGUUCCUCCUACCCUCUGCCGCUUCAGCCCUCCAGUGCCCUGUCGGCCUCGUCCUCUGCUGACCUCUCUCGGCCUGAGGACACAGAGUCUUCCUCCCAGUGCACCUCCAGCCAUGGGCCUUCUCCUAAUGCUCCUUCACUCUGCACACCAACCUACUUCCUCCCCGGGGAGAAGCCUCCCCCCUACGCACCCUGACACGGAGGUAGUACAUCUAAAAUUAACUUGGUUUGGGGUUGCCAGAAAUAAAACAAAGCUAAUAAAGCCAUACCCAGAAAGUCUGCCUCUGCAGCCAGCCUCACCGAGAACUCAAAGUAUCUCGACGCUGAAGUUGUGCGCUUUCUUCUCUCGGACACACCCUCUGCCAGCACAGGCCAGAGUCAGCUGUCUGGCCCAAUGCCACCUCUGCUGUCCCCUCUCCCAAAUGAAGACAUGAAGCAAAGCACACUAGACCCUAGCCUCACCACCCAGAAGGGCUUCUCUGCACCUGCCAGCAUUCUGUUUCACCUCUAGUCUUGGUUGGUUCUCAGUUGCUAUUUUCUUGCCAUGAGAGGGUGGCCAGUCACCUCUUUGGUAAAGAUUGUUCCUUCAGGAAAGGCAUUACAGGUUGAUAGACCUCCAUGAGCACAUCCCCCAGAAGGAAGAGACCAAACCACUUCUGUGAGUAUGUCCCGAGAAGGGCCAGAGCGAACCCCUGAGCUCUGCUUUUCCCAUGUGAAGGAAAGCCAGCCUGAGCAAACACCCAAAGCCCUUCUAGAGGCCUUUGAGUUCUGCCUCUGUGCAAGGUCCACCUCUGGGCAGACUCCAGAUCUCAUACUCAUGCCCCCUGCGGUGCUCUGCUGAUUUGUUGCCGCUGGCUCAUUCAUUAGCCUUUCUUUCCCUCUCUGUGAGGUCCAGAACUAGCAGGUGGAGGUAGAGAGGACCGGCCAGUGGAGAUGCAGCUCCUGCGCCCCCUGCUGGUCAAGGCUACUCUGUCCAGCAGAUCUCACCCAGGCAGGCUAGAGAAGUUUUCUAAACAGGGUUUCCCACAAAGGCCCACAGCACAGGAAGGUGACAGGCCUGUCUGUGAAGAAGAUAUUCUGUAAACCCAAGAACUGCUCACCAAUCCCUCAAGGGCUGAGGCAGCCAUUGGUCUGAGGACUGAUCAUUAUGCAUUAUUCUCAUUUUAUUGAGUUUGGCCAUGUAGCCUGAGAAAGUGAGUAUCUUGGUUUCUAUUUGAUGCUGGCUGACCUUGGAUCCAGCAUAGUCUUGCUUUCAUACAGCCUCCAGGAGCCUGAACUCAGCCUCCCUAUGACCCUGGACCAAUAGCAAACAAUAGUCUACCUAUUUAUAUUUAUACUAGGCUAUUUAAUACCUCUUAAGACUACGGUUUCAGAGGCAUUUGUGAAAGUCUCCAAAGAAUUACACUUGGAGGCAGCAGGACAAAAUUGUCUCUAGACUUUAAGGGGGUGGGCUUUGGUACUGCUUCUUGAUGGGACCAGGGGUCAGCUGGCUCUGUCCCUUGCCUUGCGUCUACCCGGAGUGCACAGUUAAGCAGAUCUCACAAGGGGCAUAGACAUGCCACAAUACUGGCUGUAGAAGAAGGGUACCUACACAACAAUGGCAAGAUUCCUGUCACGUGUAAGAGUGAGGUUCAGGAAGAUGAGGUUGACCAGAUGCACAAGGAGGUAUCCUUGCUGAAGCCACAUAGUGGGCUGCUUUUCUAUAGGAUUGGGACAAAGGGCACCUCAUCCGUGUCGUGAGUGUACAGAGAAGCGCCAAGCUCUGGUGGCUGAUGGGUGCAGGGUCCUACCCCCUAUCUAUUUUUAUAUUACACUACCCAGUUUUACAUUCAGUCCCGUGUCCUGGGCCCAAUGGGCUUGACCUCUGAACUUCCUAAAGCUGGCCCCCGGGUCUCUGAAGAACAAUAAAGCUGCAGUGAGCCCAUGCUCAUUGGAGCCAAGAACUAUGAAACAUUGCACGCCAAGGUCAACAGUUGUGUUCAUUGCCACAAAAAUGUCUUUCUCCCUUGUCUCUGCCAGAAUGUAAGGCCCUGUACCCCAGUCUCCAGAGCUGCCCCCACACCACAAUCCACACUAACCUGCAGUGCGGGCAGAAACUCUUGAAUGUCCUUCCUUUGUGUGGACAAGGCUGGGAAGCCAACCGGAGCCUGCAUGAUUGGUGGCUCUGGCUCAGCCCCUGAUGACUUUGCCUCUUUGAAUGUCACCCGAGGGUCUGCUCCAUGCUUGGCUUCUGCGCUGCUUUGUGAGAUUUGUUCUCGGGCACCUGCUUUGUCGUGGAAUUGGUCACUUGCAUCUGCUUUUGGGUUGAUGUAAGAUAGGGUUGUCCUGAGUCUGCAGUAUGGUACCCGUUGAGGGCUCACAUGAGUGUGUGUGGGUGUGAAUGGGGUGGGUCAUGCCCUGCUAGUGAGAGACGUUGAGCUCUUCUGCCUUGCCGGAUCGGCCUGCCUGAGUCAGGGUUCCACUUGCACCAUCUCCUCUGUGGGUCACAGAGCCAUUAUAGCUUUGCUUCCCCAGUCCCAGUUACCAAUAGCUUGGUAAUGGAUGACACGGCCCACAGAUAUGCCUCGGUGUGCACAUCCUUGUUGGUCAGCCGAGGAUGUUUUACUGGGCCUGCUUGGGUCUCAUACUUGCUUCUCUUUCACAUGGUCAUUCUGCUAAGUUUGUAGGAAGUUAUUGUCUGUUCUGGGAAGGGAUCCUGUGAUCCUGGGUGUCUCCAGUACCUUCCAAUUAGAGCACAUUGCUUUCCUUUGUUUAAAUGCAGAUCUGCAGGCUUUGUGUUGAGAAAAUACAGUGAAAUGGUCUCCUACCCUGAAACUCUUUCUAAAAGGUGACUUUGCCCUAGGUAUAUUUGGAAAAAUCUGGAGACAUAUUUACUAUGUGUCUGAGGAAGGAUGGGGUGCUGACAAGUGGCCCAAAUGCACAGACGGGUCCCAGGCUGAAGAAAACCGCCUCAAGGAUACAAUGAAAAUGUAGAAGUUCUUCCCUAGAAAGAGAACUUCGCAAUGAAUUCAGACCAUAAAGAUCAUAGUCCAUCCUACCUCUUCCUCUGAACAGUUCACCCCAUCUCCCCUUAAAAGCUUCCUGGUACCCCACUUGGUGUCCUGUAGUUUGACCACUUGGGCCCAGGGAAGUGAGGAUCCCAUGGCAGCAGCUGACAGAAGAUUAGUGCUUUGUUUGGCAGGAGAUGGUGUAAGGUUUGGUGCCAGCCAAGGCUGAGGAUGGAUGCAACAUCGGGGAGGAGAGGUGUCUGCUCUUCCCAUACAGUGUGGUUGCCUCCCUAGGGCAGAUAAGGAAUGCCGAGUAUGUGGCUGCUCCCCACUACCCUCGUCUGUGUGGUCCAGCUCCAAACCAGCGUUUGUCCUGUUCUGUUCUUGGCCUCGUGACCUCCUGGAGAGAUCUGAGACUGCUUGGAGGACAUUCAUGAGAACAUUCCAUGAAAACAUUCCAGAGUUGCCUCCAACACAUGGAAAAACCAGAGGUCUAGGGGAUGCGGCCUCUAGAAGGCUGUGGGCUUCUGUGGCUGCCUGAGGCAAACAGAGGCAGCUAGGAGCCCCGGGCAGGGCUCUACUUCCUACCUUCUCGGAGUUGUGUUCAACAGUGUUGUUUCUGUCCUGUCUUCACCAUAACUUACAGGAUGCUGGGGUUAAAAUCAGCGGCUUCUAACUCCUUCCCUUAUGAAGAAACGGUAGCUCAGAGACACUAGGCUGCCGUUUCUUGUGUCUCCUGCUGCCUAGGGAGGGUGCAAUUCCCUUGGCUCUGCUCGUAGAGUAGCCUUGAAACAGAAAACCAGAUCUUUUCUUUUAAAUGGAACAGGGGGCAGCCAAGACAGGCAAAUGGAGAGCAUAGGAAGAGAAGAGAGAAUAUGUAUAGGUACCACCCCUACUUCCUGGCUGCCAUGGGCAGCUUUAAGAAGGGCUCUCUCUGUGGGGGCUGAUGGGGAGGCAUGUAGGACUGCCUCCAUUGCAGAAAAAGCUGAGGUUGUGCAGCUUGCUGGUGAACCUGGUUCCAGCCCUUGCCCUCAUCCCUGUGAGGAGAGGCUCCUGGAACAGUCCACAGCUGCCUGUCCUGGGACACAAGGAUCCCAGGAAAGGCCCAUUCAGCUGUGGGCCUCUGCCAUGAUGCUCUCAGCUGCUCUCAGUCCAUUUGCCCCAAAUGCAGCUCAGUCCUGAGACACGCCCAGGAUAGAUCGUGACCAACCCAGGGUUAAAAAGGUUUCUGUAAAUUUUUAUUUUUCCAUACUUUAGAAUCAGAAAGAAGCAUGUGGUAAUAAAAAUAACAGAAUUAUUUUCUUCAAAUCCACUCAGCCCUCCAGCCCAACCCUUGCUAGCCAGCUCCCAGCAGGCUCUAGGAGCAACCAAUGACCUGAUACCAGUCCCAUUAUGUACAUAUAUAUUACAAGGCAAAGAAAUAU